AUGAUCCGUCUAGAGGAGGAUUUGUUGUAUUGGAAAGAUAGAUACAUAGUCCCUCGUAGUAAGGUACAGUUGGUGUUGAAUACCUACCAUGAUCAUGGUCUAUUUGGUGGACAUUUUGGUUAUAAUGUCACGUUGCAGAAAGUCACCGAAUCGUAUUAUUGGCCACGUCAAGAUCAUGAAGUUCAAAAGUAUGUCGCAAGUUGCCCGAAUUGUCAAGUGUUUAAGUUUCACCGUAAUAGACAAUAUGGUUUACUGAAACCGUUAGAGGUCCCUGAAGGAAGAUGGACAGAUAUAUCCAUUGAUUUUGUGUCCGGUUUACCACCGACAGUAAGUGGUAAAGACAUGAUACUGGUUGUAGUGGACCGUUUCAGUAAACGUGCUCACUUUGUUGCAUGUAAUAAAGAGUUAUCUCAAGAAUACACUAUUAAUUUGUUAUUUCAAUUUGUAUUUUGUUAUCACGGUUUCCCGAAGAGGAUUGUUAGUGAUAGAGAUGUUAGAUUUACUGGUAACGCAUACAGAGAACUUACAGAACGACUAGGUAUUAAACUGUGUAUGAGUUCUUCGAAUCACCCUGAGUCCGAUGGACAGAGUGAAAGAACUAUUAAAACAUUGACACAACUGUUACGAUCAUAUGCCGGGCUAGAGCAGGGCCGUUGGGAUGUAUUGUUACCCCAAGUAGAAUUUGUAUAUAAUUCUACAUAUCACUCUGCCGUAAAAGCCGCCCCGUUUUUAGUGGAUUUGGGCUAUGUACCAAAUGAACCGUUAUUAGAUAGUACCUCGUUAACAGCCGCAAGGAACUUCUCGGCUGUAGAUUUGAUCCAGUCGCUUAGAGCUAUCACGCUCCGUACAAAAGAUUGCCUCAAAGAAAACCAGGUCAACAUGGAAGUUGCCGUUAAUCCUGGGAGAAGGGAAGAGAAGUUCGCUGUAGGUGACUAUGUUCUGGUACAUAGAGACGCUUAUUUCACUGGAGGCCGUUACAUUAAAUUACAACCGAUAUUCUUAGGCCCGUUUAAGAUUGUUAAGGUAAUAAAUGAAAAUGCAUAUGAGGUCGACUUACCGAAGACUUCCAAAAAGCAUAGAGUGAUCAACGUAAGAUGGAUAAAGAAAUAUCAGUUCGACUCAGAAAGGUAUGUAAAGGAACUACCUCGUUCUGAAACUGAGUUAAGGAAUAGGCUCGAAAAUAUCUCUAGUGUAAUAGGUUUUGCACCGUCUGAAGGUAUAGUCUAUUGUAAAUUUGCCCACGUAGACCCUCGUCUGACUGCCGCUGUUCCGUUAAAAAUGUUUAAGUCGCUUCCACUGCUGAGACGUCGCUCUCUGAUAAAUAAUUUUGAACAGUUGUAUAAGCAGUCCGUAUCUGACGAGAGGGGGGAAGAUGUUAUAAGGUAA